AUGAAAUGGGAUAAUCAGUUUUACUUUGACGUAUGUCUUCCUAUGGGACUGUCAUCCUCGUGUCAAAUUUUUGAAGCUUUUAGUUCUUCCUUGGAGUGGAUCUCUGUGCACCGAUUUGGCGCAUCCGGAGUUCUUCACAUUCUUGACGACUUUCUUUUUAUUGCGCGUACCGAAGAGCAAUGCUGCACCGAUUUAAGCAAUUUUCUUCGUAUGUGUGAUUAUCUCGGCGUGCCCAUUGCUCAGGAAAAAACUUGUGGACCAUCUCAAGUCAUACAAUUUGCGGGUAUCACGCACGAUUCAAUUAAUCAGGAAGCUCGUUUGCCGGAGGAUAAGCUUCAAUAA